AUGGGAAAGGUGUACAUCUUGACUGACCUGUCUCGGUUAGAAAAGGCGUUGCCCAAGAAUGCGGCAGGCACCGCGCUUCACGUGGCCGGGCUGUUUCCCCUCUCGGCCCCCGGCUGGAUUGGUGAGUACGGACUGCAGGGCCUUACCGCCGUGGAGCUUGCCAUCAGACAGAUCAACAAUAGAUCGGACUUGCUGGCCGACUACCAGCUGGUCCUUGACUACAACGACACCAAGGCGUCCAGUGCUGUGGCCAUGACUGCCUUGUUCGACCUGUACCACCGUGAACCGGUCAAGAUAGCCGUGCUGGGAGAGCUCUUGUCGACAGUAACUCGGGACGUGACAGGGGUCACCAGCUUGUGGGCGUUAACCCAAAUGGCCUUUGCGUCCUCGGCCAUUGAGUUGUCCGUUCGGUCGACUUAUCCGUACUUCUUCAGGACCAUCGCUUCGGCCUCCGAGAUCCCGCCAGUUCAGCUUGAGAUCUUCCGGCAGUUCGGCUGGGGCAAGGUCGCCACACUACACGAGACCAAAGAACCGCACAAUGGGGUUUCACGUGAAUUGCAGCGGCUGCUUGAGGCCAAUGCCAACUUUUCCAUUAUAGCAGCGGAGAGCUUCAGCGAAGAUCCAACCGAGGCACUGCGAAGAAUAAAGACUAAAGAUGCUCGUAUCAUCGUUGGGAACUUUUACGAAUCGACAGCCAGGAAAGUAUUCUGCACGGCUUAUAAAUUAGGGCUCUACGGUGCAAAGUACCAGUGGUUUGUCAUCGGCUAUUACACGCCUGAAUGGUAUAACAGGGCCACCGCAGAUGAAAGUGUCAGAUGCAACAGCAGUAUGAUACAAGAAGCGGCAGAGGGAUAUAUGACUGUAACUUGGAGCAUGAACGGGAGGGUGGAUAAAAUGACUGUUUCUGGACAGACACCUCAAGAAUUCCGCAACCACAUCCGGGACACCACGGGGCUGACCAUUGGUCUCGACGGUCAAGACCCAGCUGCCAACGCCCACGACGGAAUGUGGGCCCUGGCACUGGGACUGAACAGCUCUCUGAAUGAGUUGCACCCACGCCGGCUGGAGUCGUACGUCUACAAAGACCGCAGAAUGGCGUCCAUCCUUGAGAAGCAUAUCAGGAGGGUGCGGUUCUACGGAGUUUCGGGACCGGUUAGUUUCUCUGCACGGGGUGACAGGAUAGGGCUUUUCUUGAUCGAACAGAACAGAGGAGGUCAGGAGGUUGUCAUAGGAACCUACGAAAAAGAUGAAAAGAUCUCCUGGAUCAUUUCAGCGGCAAAAAUAUGGUAUCAAAAUGGUGGUAACCCCCCAUUCGAUUCCGACAACACCAAGACCAUAUCUUUUCCUCAUGUGAUUGAUCCGGUCGUCUUUAUUACGUCAUGCGUGAUAGCUGGAGUAGGCUGUGCAUUGGCCAUUUGCUUCGUCACUUUCAAUUUCAUCUUGAGGAAACACAGGCAAGUCAAGAUGUCGAGUCCCCGGCUCAACAAUAUAGUUGCCACAGGCUUGGUCUUUGCUUACACGAGCGUUGUCAUCAUGGGAGUGGACGAGUCUGUUGUUGACAGACCGCAACUUUUGAACAUUUGUAAGGCUCGGGAGUGGCUGUUGUCGAUUGCUUUCACGCUUGCCUUCGGUGGUAUGUUCACCAAGAUGUGGCGAGUGUACAGCGUCGUUGUCCACAACAAGACGAAGAGAAAGGUCAUUAAGGACCACCAUCUCAUUGCUAUUGUUGGUGUCCUGCUGAUGAUAGAUCUGGCCAUACUGAUCCCCAGGGAGAUAGUAGACCCGCAGACGAUCGUCGUCGUUACGAGGAAGAUUCCUCAGACUCCUGAAGAUGAGCUGAACUUUAUACGACGCGAGGAAGUUUUGGUGCAGUGCACAUCGACACAUAAUAUCAUAUGGCUGAUGGCGCUACUGAUCUACAAGGCAUUCGUCAUGGUGUUUGGUGCUUUUCUGGCCUGGCAGACAAGAAAUGUCAACGUUUCAGGCCUGAACGACAGUAACUACGUUGGCCUGUCCAUCUACAACGUCUGCCUGUGCUGCGUGGUGGUGGUACCCGUCUCUGUGCUCGUCACUGACGCUGUGUCUGUCACCUACGCACUCCUGGCUGGAUUCGUUAUGUUUUGUACCACAGCAACGCUAUGUAUGCUGUUCUUUCCAAAGGUGGCUGCCGUGUACAGCACGAGAGGCAGUACGGUACAACCGACCGAGCGGAUCCAUCCAUCGACCGUAUCAAGCCAGCACGGUCCACGGGACACCUUGGGCAAACCCGGACCAAGCCGAGCUGAAACUAGUUCAGUUGUCGUACCGUGAUGUAAAGGUUUCGUACAUCCACAUUCAGAAAAUGAGUCUUACUUUAAAUUGAUGUGUACCUGCACUUGGCGCAAAUUGAACGUUUUAGAUUAUCGAUGCGGUAUGAGCUUUUCUAACUGCUAGAACUGAUAAGGUAUUAGUUUCAGGGACUGAAUUUUUUUAGCGUGAUCAAACGCUGACACGGCCUCAUUUUCUUUAGAUUUCAUGACUUUGCAAUGGUUGUCAAUGCAUAUAACCGUGUACCGAAUUACAACGCAUGUGUAACUACUGGCUCUUAAACGACGCUCGACGCACUACUCAAACUCCCUUGUCCUCCCGCCGUGUUGAAUGCCACCUGAUUGAGAUGGCAAUUGCAGAUAUUCAUUUCGUAAAAUAUUUCACCUUUAUGAUUGUACAUUACUUUGUAAAAUGGUGGUGAGAAACGACGGAGAUGUAGGUUUAAGCUACAAAGCCAGCUAGCCUACUCUUCCUUGUCCAGAAGGUAUAGACGGCAGUGCAUGACAGCCAUUAUUGUCGACGAUUUCAAUAUGAAAAUCUUAAAAAAAUAUACUAGCACAUCAAUUACUUAAACAUUGUUCAACUUACUCAAACUCAUAUCUCCAUAAAAAAACAUUAGUUGAAUUAAGAAACCGCAGUGGCUUUUAAACCUUUCUUUCAGCUAGAAAAAAUAUUACCAUGAAAAACUUGGCUACCUAACGUUCAGUUACUACACGACAAAAAACAUUUUCCGUAGUGAGCUUGCCAACAUGUCACUGCCUGCACCUUCCUCAUGUGAUCACAUAUUACCUAUAUUUGGAAAGUUAACCUAUCAAUAGAAAAUUCAAGCAGUCGAAACGU